AUGCCCCAGGUCAAGUACGUUCUCCUUGACUGCGACAAUACCCUCGUCCUCUCCGAGCGUCUCGCCUUCGAAGCCUGUGCCGAUCUCACCAACCAGCUGCUCGAAGAAUAUGGCAUCAAGGACCGCUACACCGUCGACUCGCUCCUCAAAGACUUCGUUGGUCAGAACUUCCGUGGGAUGUUGGUGGGACUGCAGAAGAAACACAAUUUCCAAAUGCCUCCGGAGCAACUAGAUGACUACGUUGGUCGGGAGCUGGCCGCGGUCACCGCCAAACUUUCCGCGAAGGCUGAACCCUGCCCCGGUGUCCCUGAGCAGUUGGAACGCCUCAGCCAAGCGGGCUACCCCAUGGCCGUUGUCAGCACCUCUGCUAAACCUCGCGUCGUAGCAUCACUGAAGAAGGUCGGCAUCGACAAGUACUUCCCCGACGAACAUGUCUACAGUGCCGCCACCUCACUCAACCCACCGUCCAGCAAACCCGAUCCCAAGAUCUACCUGUACGCCUGUGAGCAACUGGGUGUCAAGCCGGCCGAAUGCGUCACGGUCGAAGACAGCAAGAGUGGUGCCACGGCGGCCAUGCGUGCUGGUAUCCCCCUUAUCGCCUACGUUGGGGUCUAUGGUAUCGAAGAAGGCAAAGAGAAAAUGGAGCAAAUGGCCAAGCUUCUCACCGAGACAUGCAAUGCCGACGCCGUCAUGUAUGACUGGAAGGAGUUUCCCGAGAUUUUGAAGAAGCUCGAGUCCAAACUUUAG